AUGGGUGCUUCAACACGUUCACUGAGCGCUGGAUCGCUCAUGCUAGCUUUGUUGUCUUCCCCUGUAACUGCCGCAAGCUACUCCCUUGUGGAGACUUGGCAAGGGAAGAAUUUCUUGGAUUACUUCAAUUUCCAUGUCGGUUCCGAUCCGACGAACGGAUAUGUCAACUAUCUCGACAAAGGCAGUGCCGAAAGUGCAGGUCUGGUUAAGCUCACCGACUCUGGCAGCGUGUAUCUAGGUGUGGACCAUACCACUACGCUUGAUCCGAACGGAAAGGGUCGUGACUCGGUGCGGAUCGGCAGCAAAAAAUACUAUGAUCAGUCAUUGGUCAUCGCCGACAUUGCCCACAUGCCCGGUAGUGUGUGCGGUACCUGGCCCGCCUUCUGGUCCGUUGGAAAGGAAUGGCCUGGCGAUGGUGAGAUUGAUAUCAUCGAGGGUGUCAACUUACAAGAUCACAACGAGAUUGUGAUGCACACUGCUGGCACUUGCAGCUUGACUGAUACGGACAUGACUGGAACCGUCAAUGCCACCGGAUGUGGUGAAGAUCUCGGCACUGUGGGUUGUGUGAUCGAGGGACACAAGGGUAGCUAUGGUACCUCCUUCAACGGACAAGGAGGUGGUGUGUAUGCUAUGGAGUGGACCGACGAUUACCUCAAGAUUUGGUACUUCCCACGAAGCUCAAUUCCAGCAUCAAUCAAGAGCGGCAAACCCGACGUCACCCAGUUCGGCACUCCGAUGGCUUUGGUACAGGAAUCAUGCGAUGUCGCCAAUGCAUUCAAGUCCCAGUCCUUUAUAUUUGACGUCACGUUCUGUGGUGACUGGGCUGGUGGUGUAUUUGGCAACUCAGGUUGUCCUGCAACUAACGCGGACUCCUUCCAGAGCUGCCAUAACUAUGUUGCAAACCACCCAGCUGUGUUCAAGGAGACUUACUGGGAAAUUAACUCUGUCAAGAUCUAUCAAACUGGCGUCAAAGGAAUUGCCUCAGUUUCAUCUUCUGGAUCCCAGCCUACCACAGUUGCUGCUCCUGUUGUAUCAAAGACACAGGCAGCCCAAACUGAGCCUGCCACCGCAGUCCAAUCUGCUACCACUGCUGUCGCCCCUGUCGUUUCCGAGACCACCGUGAGAACUCAGGGUGUAGCCACUCCUGCUGUUGCGCCUUCUUCUUCCACCGACCAUGUAUCUAUUGGGACAAUUCAGGAAUUGAACCCAGCCUCUGAUACUAUCCCUACGGCAACGGCGGAAAGCAAUCCAACCGAGAACGAAGAGCAUACUACGAUUAAGAAGACUCGGACCAUUACAGCUUACGUCACUGCGACUACAACUAUCUGCCCCGAGGCAGAAAAGUCUUCUUCAAUUGUCGCUCACCCCUCGGCUGUCAUCGUCCCUUAUCAUAGUCAUGGCUCUGCCCCGCCAGUGAACCAGCAGAGUGCUCCCGUCACAACCACCGUCGCUCCGGGUGCUUACACCUGGUCAGAGGAAACAGCCUUCACCCCGACAGCAAAUUCCGGGGCGCCAUCCUCUCCGGUACAGCCGGCACUGAGUGCUGCUCCAUCGGGACCUGCCUCAUCUGCCGAAAACUUCGGUGCCUCUUGGGCACAGCCUUCUGCGCUUCCCUCCGCAAUUGUCUCUUCCGUUUCUUACGAUGCCUCCCGAGCUGGGAAAUCUGCACCCACCGAUGUCUCCCCAGCCUCUGCUUCGAACGCCAACUCUGGUAUCUUUGUUCCCAGUGGUUCCCAGUCUGGAGUCAGCCCUGUCUUUACGGGUGCCGCCAGCCGCUUCUCAACCAGCAUCUCAGCUGUUGUGUGUGCACUGGCCAUUGCUGUUUUAGCAUGA